CAUGACCUGCUGCUCCGGCUAAGCUAGGGAUCAUCGUGAACAGAUGUUCCGUUCAAAAUACGGGGCAUACGGAUGUUUUCAGAAAUGUUCCGUGUUGACGGACGGUGACACGCUGGAAAGGAGAGCUACCCACUGUGGCAGCUGCGGUUUGAAUGAGCUGCUGUCACUCGUGUUUGUGUUUUAAGUUCACAGCAGCUAGCUGGCUAACUCCGCUCAGUAAAAGUGAAACAAGAACUGAAGCUUCAUGACUUUGAGGGCUUGGAGUUUAUCUCCAGUUUAACAAAAACAAGCACCAUGGUUUCUUCCUGAGACCCUGAACCCCCCGCCAUGGACUCCUAAAACUCCAGGUCUGCCUGCCCCCCGAGCAGAUGGGGAACUGUUGUUGUUUUGGAGCUGAACUUCCCUGCGGCAGCAUGGAGGAACGAAGCGGUUUGCUGAAAGACAACUCAAAGACCUCAGGUGCUGGUGCUUGUGGUCCAGAAAACGGCGAAGACCCAAGUGUUGAGGAAACCAAGGAGGAGCCACUGAAGUGCCAGAACAGACACAGAGAACCUGACGCCACUCAGGGAAAUGGACAUUUACAAAAUGAAAACAUUCAGGAGUCAAACACUUCGCCGAGCAAAGACAGUACUGCCGGUGCGCAACGUGAGGAACAGAAAGAUGCCGCUGCAGAUCAACGCACUUUAAGUCAGACGCAGAAAAACAUCUCUGCACCUGACGCCCAGGAAGCUUUGGCCGCCACCGCCGCCAAAGAGCUGAAAACAGAAAAACAACAUCUAACCGCAGGGCAGGAGAACUUCUCGGAUCCCGUCUCACCAGAACCCAAAUCUGCCCUUCCAGAAAACCUCUCCCCUCCUGAGACAAACACGCCAUCCGAGGACAAUACGGUGAGCGGUUCUCACGCUGGUUCAAGAGGCGAUGCUGCCAAACCGACGGAGGAGUUCACACGAAAUAAUGACGCAUUACCAGAGCCAAGCGCUCAGGAGGCAUCCAUCUCUGCAGUCAGCCAGGAGACAAACACAGACGCUCCCAGGUGUUCUGUGGAGUUGAACGUCGAUCAUGUAGACCAAAAAGACCAUGUUAUCGCUCAGCCUCCUGCGUCUGAAUCGGAGCCCGCAGGAGUCGGCCCAUCUCAGGAGAAUCUGGACUCCGGCGGCUCAGACACGACGCCAGAGGCCGCAUGUGCAGCAGAUGCCAAGGACAGCUUACAGUCAAAUCAGGAAGAAAACAGAGUCUCUGAGAGUUUGAGUCCUCCAGGGGAAGCUGGAGAAAAAGUUCCUGAAGAGGAGAAGAAGGAUGAAGAAAAGAAACAGGACAAGGAGGAGGAUGGUUUAAUCAAGAUGGAGGAUCUUCAGGUUGAGAAACAGCCUUCUAUCCAGGAGCAGCUUGGAACCUCAGACGUACAGGCUGACAUUGAGCCCAAUGCAGAAUUGGAAGAUGAUCUGGAUGACAGCGAGGAAGACUUGUACCGCGGAGAAGAGGAGUUGUCUGCAAUGAGUCACACACCACGGCAAACAUCUGACUCAGAAAGCUUACAGGUUCAGGACAGUUGCAGUUUGUCUCCAGCUGUGGAUAUACUGUCCUACAGCGAGAGGGAAUGGAAAGGAAACACUGCCAAAAGUGCUCUCAUCAGAAAAGUUGGUGGCUUUGGAAGAAGCGUUUCACAUUGUAGGUGGACGGGGUUUAUCUGUCAACGUCUGAGGGGCUUCUGUUUUUGUUUUGUUUUUUUGCAGGGGUACAAAGAGAUGUCUGCCAAGUUCAGCCACCUGAGGAGAGUCAGAGGGGACAACUACUGCGCCCUGAGAGCCACCUUGUUCCAGGUGCUGUCCCAGAGUGUCCAGGUACCUCAGUGGCUGCAAGACGACACAGUUCUAAUGCUGCCAAAAAAACUCGAGGUGCAGGAAGGGCUGAUCGGCCAGUGGCGAUUUCCUGAACAGCAUGCACCUGGAGACGGCAGUGGAGAUCCCACUGAGCGGCUGAAGGGCUACAUGGAGCUGCUCCGGAAAACGUGGCAGGCGGCUGCUGAGUGUCCCGGCUCUGCGGAGCGGCAGCAGCUCUGCGAGCGGCUGUUCCAGGGCGAGGAGGAGGAGCUGGGGAUGCUGGAGGCGCUGAAGCUGCUGAUGCUGGGCAGAGCAGCAGAGCUGCACAGGCGCAUGCAAGAGGGUCAAGACGUCCCUCUCUUCUGCUGGCUGCUGUUCGCGCGGGACUCGUCCGGCUGCCCGCGCUCCUUCCUCUCCAACCACCUCAGGCAUGUGGGCCUCAGCGCCGGGCUGGAGCAGGUGGAGAUGUUCCUGCUCGGGUAUGCCCUGCAGCACACCAUUCAGGCUUACAGACUGUACAAGGCCAACACGGAGGAGUUCGUCACCUUCUACCCGGACGACCACCGGGACGACUGGCCGUCCGUGUGCCUCGUUACGGAGGACGACCGCCAUUACAACGUGCCAGUCGCUGAAACUGCUGAGCCCGGCAGGGAGCUGACCGCCAGCUGAUUGACGCUGCAGAAAGCCCACCUGCUGUGCAAACGCCCCUCAGGUCUAUCAGAGUGGCACGUUUAUGCCAACUCCAGGUGGAAUACUGGGAUAUAUUCGUCCUGGCUUCUGUCCAAAAAGUCUCAGAUUCUCCACUGUGUAUGUUUACCAAACCAAGGCUGGUUGGCUGUUAGCUUGUCUCAAGAGAAGAACAGAUCAUUGAGUUAGUCGAGUUCAUGCCAUCGUAGCAUUCCUUUUAUUUUUGCCAUAAUCUUAUUUUUUUGUGCCAUAAAGGUUUUUUUUUUACUGUAAUGAUGGCAAACAAGGGAACCUGAAUCACACUGAACAUUCAUGAACAGAGUCAUGAUUUACUCUGUGUUUUAGUUCUGUAAGAAAACAGUUUAUAAUUAAUUAAUAUAGGAAGGGAAAUGAUUAAUUCAAUGAUGCUUUGUUUGUGGAUCAGACCAGUUUACAAAAGACAAAUGAGCAUCUGAGGUGAAAAUGUGUUAAUUUUAUUACCUUUAAAUACUUUUGGUUUCUAUUGGGGGUUUUUUAUGUCAAAUUUCCAGACUUCUCAAUUAAUUUGUUUAAAAACAAAAUAAAUACAAAAUUACUACAAAUGUUUAAACAGAGAUCAGGCUGUAAAAUAUGAACCAUGGAUGGAUGAAUGGGAUGGAAGGAUGCCUUGUUAAUCUGUGGACACAUGAAUGGAUGGAUGGAUCAAAUAAUGGAUGAAUAUAUGGUCAAUCAGUGGCUGGAUGAGUCAAUAAGUUAAAGAAUGGAUGUGUCAAUGGAAGAAUGUGACUAAAUUAUUUGGACAGGGAAUAAAGUGGGAAAAGAAAAACAUUUUCCUCCCGGUUUGUUUUCCACUCUCAUCCAUCCUCACCACUGCUGGAGGUUUUCUUUUCUUUCUCUCGUCAUUCGUCUGAGCCAAGUUGACACCGAAGCAAAUAUCCCAAAAUGUAUCCACCUCCUGUUUAAAUGUGAUUUGAGACCCUGUACAAGAUGUUUCCCCUAAUGCUCUUGUAUGCACUGUACUAUAAGAAGUUUGUUUUCUACUUUGGUAUUUGUACACAUCCAGUUUUCUUGGAUCAUCUCAGUUCUACCCAGAUCAGUUUUUCUGGCUAGGAAAACAGUUGAGAUUAAAAAAAAAAAAGAAUUUAUCAUGUUUACACUGGAUUUUUGUUGUUUUAUUUAUUGUUUUGAUGGUGGGGAAAAAGUGUUUUCAUUUGGUGUAAAGGUUAAUUUAAGAUGGCUGAAUUAGUCAAUGAAGGGUUUACUGAUAGAUCAAGUUGAACAGGAUCAGAAGACUCAGAGGAUUAACGUCGGCCACCAUGUCAGAAGCGUGAUUUCUAACUGUUGUGUGUUUUGUGUGUGUCAAACUCAGUGAGUAACAUUUUGCCUUUAACCAAGCUGAAGGAAGGAAAGAUACGAUGUUGCUGCAAAAAAUAAAAAAAUGGCAAAAGCUUCAACCACCAGCCACAGGAUUUAAAACAAAAAAAAAAAAGGCUUGCUUGGUCCUCCAUGUUGCCUAAGAAAUGAUGCACAAUGUGAAUGAAUGUUGGUCAUUUGUGGUGCGAGUCUAAAACUUGUCUGAUUUAUUAUGCCAUGUGCAGGACUGACCUUGCACUCAGUUUUUAUUGGCAUUGAAAUAAAUGGAACAUUUUGGAAAAAG